CUCCCUUCCUACCACCAUACCAUGUCUGCAUACCGACAAAAAGGCCAAGCCCCCCUGACGCCCCUCGAGGAGGGCCUUGACGUGCGACGCCAGGUCCUGGGCACCGAAUACGUCAACCCCGCAUGGAACAAGGCGUCGCCGUUCACGCGACCCGGCCAGCAGCUGAUCACCGAAUAUGCGUGGGGCAAUGUGUGGCAGCGUGACGGGCUGGAUCGCAAGCAACGGAGUCUGUUGACCAUUGGCAUCAUCAUUGCGCAGAAGGCGUGGUUGGAACUAGCGCUGCACACGCGCGGGGCCAUCAACAAUGGCGUGACAGAGCUCGAGAUCAGAGAGGCCGUCAUUCAUUCCAUGGUUUACUGUGGUACGCCGGCCGGUGUUGAGGCUAUGAUGGUGACGGAGAAGACCAUCCUCGAGAUGAUUAAGAACGGGGAGUAUACGAGACCGGAGGGGGUGGGUCUUUAG